CCUCAUUCAUAGAAUAGAUUCAGUAUCACUCACCCCAGGGUCAGAGGGGUUCGUGAAGGACCUGUGGAAAAGUACUCAUUUAGGUUUUUCUGUGUCUUUAUCUCGAGCCUGUGAGUCACCACUGACUUGUGUCAGGCUUCUUUGUCGGGGCCCUGAGGGAGCCUGGGAGCAGGCCGGUGACUGUGAGGAGGGAGGGGUGGGCGAGACAGGCGUGCCCUGUGGCCAGCCAGGCCGACCUCCGCGACCCUGUGCAGCUGUCAGCCUCCAGCGUCACCUGAGAAGACUUUCCGGACACCUACAUCUUCCAAGACCUGGGCAACGGGCACCUCCUCUCAACUGUUGGCACAGUGAAUCUGUAUCGAGUGCCCGCUGUGUGCCCCACAGCACGGCUGCAGCUGGGCAGGCACAGAGGCCAGCCGUGGGGACCCUCAGGUCGCAGCCUGACUUCAGCGUGGAGUGAAGGAAGACACAGCGCCCUGCCGCCCAUGUGGCUGCCUCCGAGCGACUGACCUCUCCAUCAGCGGUGCCGUGUCCUGUCCCCGCCAUGGGCCCGCCAGGCAGUGUGCUGAGCAGCGGACAGACGCCGCUCAUCCUGUGGGGAAGUCUGGCCGCCGUCGCCGUGCUCUUCCUCAUCCUCUUCCUCAUCUUUCUGUGCUCGACUUGUGACAGAGAAAAGAAGCCAAGACAGCACAGUGGGGACCAUGAGAACCUGAUGAACGUGCCUUCAGACAAGGAGAUGUUCAGCCAUUCAGUGACCAGCCUGGCGACAGAGGCUCUCGUUAGCAGUGAACAGAAUGGGGCACUCACCAAUGGUGACAUCCUCUCAGAAGACAGCACCCUGACCUGCAUGCAACACUACGAGGAAGUCCAGACCUCGGCGUCGGACCUGCUGGACUCGCAGGACAGCACAGGGAAGCCCAAAGGGCAUCAGAGUCGGGAGCUGCCCAGAAUCCCCCCCGAGAGCGCUGUGGACGCGAUGCUCACAGAGAGGAGCGCGGACCCUGAGCAGGGUCCAGGCGCCGAGGGGCCGUAUGAGGUGCUCAAGGACAGCUCGUCGCAGGAGAACAUGGUAGAGGACUGCCUGUACGAAACCGUGAAGGAAAUCAAGGAGGUGGCGACGGCCACACACCUGGACAGGGGCCACGGUAGCAAGUCCAGGUCGACUCCCAUGUUGAAAGAGCUUCCAGGGCCCCAAACAGAGAACAAAGCAGACUUUGCUGAGUACGCCUCUGUGGACAGAAACAAAAAGUGUCGCCAGAGUGCUAAUGCAGAGAGCAUUCUCGGAAGCCCGAGUGAGCCGGAGGAGGAGGCCCCGCCACCUGUUCCUGUGAAGCUUCUGGAUGAGAAUGAAAACCUUCAGGAGAAGGAGGCGAGCACGGCAGAAGAGCGGACCGCAGAGGGGACUGGGGAGACCAACAAGAGAUUUAGCUCAUUGUCCUACAAGUCUCGGGAAGAAGAUCCAACGCUCACAGAAGAAGAGAUCUCAGCCAUGUACUCCUCAGUGAAUAAACCUGGACAGUCGGUGCAUAAAUCAGGACAGUUGCUUCAAGCACCAGAGACCGCCUGCUCCUCCGUCCCAGGGGCUCCUCAGAGGUCACCCUCUUCCUGUAAUGACCUCUAUGCUACGGUGAAAGACUUCGAGAAAAUGCCCAACAGUGUCAGCGAACUUCCACUCGCAGGGAGACCCAGUGAGGAGCUGGAGCCGGACUACGAAGCAAUACAGACUCUAAACAGAGAGGAAGGAAAGGCCCCUCAGGAGGCCAGUGGCCACCAUGGCCUUGUCCCCAAGGAGAAUGACUAUGAGAGCAUUGGAGACCUGCAGCAAUGCAGGGAUGUUACCAGGCUCUAGCAAGGCAGGAGACUUCUCCAGAGAGCCUGUGAUGAGCAUCUGGGGACAUUUCUUCUGUGGAAGAUAGGUGACAUCAACCUACCUUUCAUACGCUGCUUUAGUAAACUGAAGACCAUUUCAUAUGCCGUGACGUUUCCCGGGUUCUGAGACAGUGAGGUGCAGACCUGGUUGCCCCUGCGUGUGCUUCUGGCUGCCUGGGGACAGGCACACCCCCACACAUGCACAGACUCCGUCUUGCACCCUCACCCUCCUCAUAAGAUCUCAGCUUCCAAGGAUGCGUCCCAGAGAUGAGGAAACCGAGCUGUAAGGAAGAACUCCAGUCCACUCGCCUGAAAUACUGCCAUUCGGAAGAGUCAGGUUUUUCUUCCUCUCUUCCCUUUUCUCUUCUGCUACUAACUUUAAAGUAUAUGGCAUUUUCCCCUUGAAAUCUUCUGGUUUCUAUGGCUCAUUCCAAGGAAAUCUUCCCACAGGGCUUGGCACUGGCCUUCGGCAUAGACGUGUUUGGAAGACGAGAGCCGGUGGUCCUCGCUCCUUCUUACGUUGGCACUGCAAGUCAGCAGCCUUCCCCAGAGCACUGCGGUCAGUUUUAAAUGUUUUGUUUUAUUUUCCUAGUCAGAACUGUUUUCCUGCAGUGCUCAGAAGCUCAUCAGAGCCUUUUUCAGUGUUUUCAACAAAUACCAUGGUACUUCUCUACUUGUUUAAGUCCAGGACCCAUUCCUUCAAAGCAGAAAGCCUUAAUCUUUACGUUGGGGCACACGCACACACACGUGUGGACGGCAGCCGUGGCUUCCUUUCCCAAGGGCUGUGGACAUGAAGUGUACUUCCGGUGAGGUCUGCCAACACCCCAACGGUGUGGACUUUCUAAGUUAUCUCCUACCUUAAGGUAAUCUAGCGACGAUUAAAAUGUAAACAUUUAUUUUAUUAUAUAAAUUUAUAAGAUGUUUUAUGUUUAAUGCCUAAUUUCUAGAAAGUGCCAGAAAAUGUAUAUUAACUAUUUUGAUUUUAUGUACAAUGAUUUAUACUCUCAUUUUGAAAAGACAUCCUAAAGCACAUAAGCUAAUGACAAGCAGCUGUUAUUCUUUUUUUCAAAGAAGUGUUUAAAAUGUUGAAGAUUUGUUAAAGACCCAACCUUGCAAUGGUAGUGGGAGUUUCUAGUCCGAAUCAACUAAACUACUGGAGAAAUAAAUCCACUGGGCAUAAAUAAUGAUUUUUCCAUGGUCGGGGUGAGCAAUAUUGAAAUAUCUGAAAUGAUAAAAAUGGAAAAAUAUGGCUAAUGAAUUAUGAACCUCCUAAAAGUACCAUACUGUUAUUAAAGUUUAAUGACAUUUUUCAAGAAAACAGUGAUGAAUUCUGCAGUUCAGUGCUUGCUAAUGCAAAUUGGCUAUUAGAAUUCUUUUCUUCAUUUUACAAAAAUCACUGGCUGAAAUAGCUCAGAUUAAGAACUCAGCCUGAUUUGAAUUUAAUCAUCGUUUUAGAUCAUGUAAGGCCGCCGUUGGAAAACUGUUCACUUUUCAUUUUGAAAGGAGCCUAGUUAAAGUACCGUCAUGAGGUGUAAGCCACAAAGAGAAAGCGUGUCCUGCACUGAGAAAGAAGUGAAGCCGUCGUCUUAUGCUCUGCGACAUGUGUGACUUUAAAGAUUUAAUAAUCUUGCUAUUUUCCCUCCGUCUGACAAAGAAUGAGAUUGGGAGAAUGAAGCAUCUUGAAAAUUGUAGACACCACCUUGCACGUUUCUGACGUUGUAUUCGUGGACUGGCUUUGUAGCUGCUCUGUAAGGCACUUCCGAGAUGGUUAAGGGGACGCUGUUGGCGUGCCCUGGCUGGUUUUACUCUCUUUCAGUCCGCCUGGUCUCUCCCAGGAAGACAUCAAGUGCACAAGCACAGUGAUUGUUGAUUAGAAAGUAUUGGCAGAAUACCCUUGAAUCCCUCGAGCAGACUUUAUCAGGAACAUGCAAGCACUUUCUCUCUGAAUUCAGUUCUUUCAUAAGGACUGCUUUGCCUGCUGAUUUUCCCCACUUUGUAUUAAUGAGUUUGACCCAACAAUCUCUCAGGUCACGGGUUCCCUUGGUACACAGUGACAGCUGUGUCACACUACACACCUCCAUUGCGCAGGCUCACCACCUUACAGCUCACAAGUUUUAUUGCAUUUCCUAGUGUCUUUCUUACCACCAGGGAAGUAGGUAUGAUCUCUGAAGUGUAAAACCCUUUCUUUAUUAAGAGAUAAGUUCAUUAUAAAUAAUCACGUAAUCUUCAAAUUUCAAGUUUUCAAAUACAGGUUAUGCAAUCUAGUCAUAAAAUAUGCACUGAAAAUAGCUCUUUGUUCGAGAGCCAGUGAUAAGAAUAAGUUACGACAGAAAAUAUUUUAAAAGGAACCGGAAGGCCCUCCGGCACCAAUUCUGAAAGAAUAAAUGACAGAACAGUCCAUAAGACCUGGGAGGCGGGCAACAAGGGUCAGGAAGAGAGCUGUGCUCUCCAGAGCGUGGCUACUUUAUGGAAGCAUAUUUACUGAGGUAUCAUCAUUGUUUUCCCUUUAUUGUACAGUUUUUCAUAAAUUUCAUCUCUUUCACUUUGUUCAAAAUCUGUGCUUAAAUCUGUGAGUUGAACAGAAGCCUGUAGAUUCUUUUUAAAAGUUUUAUGUUGAGCUAAAUGCUACAGCAUUUAAAUAUAUGAAACGUAGUUACCAAGAGCAGAAUUCACUGUAUAUUUAAAAUUCACCUUUGAUAUUCAUAGUAUGCAUCCAAUCAUAAUGAUCUAGGUUAUGUGAAUUUAUAUAAAAAGAUAAAAAUAAAUUUUAGGGAUGUUUUUGUUCUAUAAAUCAGAAUUGUACAUCUAUCUUGGUUAGAUAUAGUAGUAUCUUUUCAUUCAGAUAUACUGAAAGUAUAGAAGCAUUUUAUGAUGAUUUUAAUAUUUCCCAACUAUAGUCAGCAGGGAAGUGUAACUGUUUUGUAUGAAAUGUUUGAGAAAUCUUAGAAAAAAGUCAUUUUGGAAAUAUAUUGGCUACAUACUUCUUUUCUUGUCCUGAUCUAAAUUAUAUCAUGAAGUCUGUUAAAACUUCAUAAAAUACUGUACCAAUAUUCUGUGUGGGGGAAAAAAAGGUUAGUCACUGAUUAUGUGCCCUCAAAGUCCCAGAGUUAAUUGUAACUGGUGUUAAACUAACAGUAAGUGGCCAACACAGAGAAUAUCAAUUGAACCUCAGAAUAUCAAUUGAACCUCAGUAUAUCACUCCCCUUCCCUUGAUUUUCAUUUUUAUAAUUAGAGCAUUCACUUACCUUAACCAUUAAUGAACUGUAUAUGAAUACGUGCAUAUAUGUAUGCAUGUAUAGUUGGUGCUGACACAGUUCCGGUGCAGUUAAUUAAUUAGGGUACACUCUGUUAGGUAUUUGGAAUGUUUAUCCUAUUAGUAUGAUGAAAUUUUGUCACAAAAGCAGAUUUAGAAGAAACAGUUCUCCAUAGUUUUUAUUUGGUAAUUGUGAGAAAACCUUCUUGAGUUACCUUCAUUUAAUUUUUCUCAUGGCACAUUCAGAUUUUAAAUUGUGUCCCAAAUUCUCUUGGCUCAAAACCAGCAAAUUUUGAGAUAGUUUUGUUACACAUGCGGCUCACUAUGUAUUCAGCCUGACAGGAGGAACUGUAGAUAGGUGUGCUUCUCAGACAAGUGUUCAAGAGACAUUUGGCCCAGAGAAAUAAGAUAGAAAGCCUGAGCCGGGACAAAUCUGGGGCGAGGCGACCUCGCCUGCCAGGUAGUAGAAUUGGGACCCUGUGGUGGCGAUCUCUUUAAAACCCCCAGGCUGUACAGCAGAGUCAGCAGUCAAAGUUGCAAUAUGAGGUGAUAAAGACUGCCCUGAGAUGACACCCUGGCUGAGAUUACAGGGCCUCACCUCAAGACUGAAUUAGGACUCUACACCUGAGUAGAUAACACUUUUUUCAGUGCUUCAUGUGACUGCAUGCUGCCAUUCUUCUCAGUGUUAAUUUCUGGUCCUUGCCAGCUUAGCGUUUUGGCUGCUGGAAGCGUAGUAGGUACUGAUGGUUAUUGCCUGGGAAUCUGCACAGGUGUAUUGUCCUGUGUAAAUGGGAAAAGGUAAAGUAUAAUAUUUGGUGUUAAUAAGUGACUGGUGUGAAAAUAGGAACAUGUGUCUGUGAUAUCAAAUACGGCUUUAUUCUCAAUGAAAUCUAAAUUCCUUGUCUUACAGUAGCGUUUUCUCGCUCUAUAUCUUUUCUUAAACACACUAUUCCUAAUAGUGGCGUUUAACAAGUUAAACACAUUUAGAUUGAAAAUGUUUGACUUAAACACAAAACACCUCAGUCCAGAAACCACAAUAAAUAAGAAUCUUUAUCUGGAAUCACCAAAUUAACUUUUAACAUAACGCUCCAGAAGAGAGCAAACAUUUGUGUGUGGGGUUUUUUUUAAGUCUGCUAAUCAUUUUUAAGUGUGUUUACAUGUAGAUUCUAAUAUUUGUAAAGUACCUCAUUGUUUUUCAGAUUCUUUUUAUUUAAGUGAAAAAUAGUUCCAAUUCUUCUUAAUGUCAGAUGCAAUGAGAAAUAUGAUUCUGUUAAAAAGACAUUUUUUAAGAAGUGUUCCAUUUGAUACACAUUUAUCAUAGCCCAGAAAGAUUUUUCUUUGCUUACCACUUACAUGUUAUGGAUGUUUUUCAAAAAUGCAUUGUGUUCUUACUGUCUUUUAUCACCUUGUAUGACAGGUUAUAAAGCUUGGUGAUUGUCAUUCCUCAGACUUCUGUGUUAAGCUGGCAACAGUAAAAUGCUUUAAUGUCAUUACUUUUUUAAAAAUCGUGUUGUAUUAAUGUGCCACAUGUUUUCUGGGUAACUUUGAAAGACAGAGCCAAACAAACAAAAGUCUGUGAGAAAUAGGAAUUGCUAAUUUUUUAUGUGUGUAUUUUUUCCCCAUAAAAAUGUCAUGUUAUCCCUUAGCGGUCGCAAACAGUCUGAAAGUAUUUUCCCUUACUCAAAAGUAGUUUUAAAAAAAAAAGUGACACUUACCAGCAGUUUUAUUCAUCGUCUCAAAAGAUCUUCAUAAGGGUCAAGUCGUCUAGUUCUCAAGAGUGGAAGGUUGUUUUCAAUAGCAAGAAUUUUUAACCCUUAGUUUUGUAAGUCCAGAACUGUCUUGCGCUACACUCAGUACCACCGUUUUCCUCUCCCUGCCGCUAGUCUUUCUAAGGAGGAAGUCUGAAGAAGGGGGCCAGAGCCCCUGUUUCUUCCCGCCCUCUCGCGGCUGCUCCCUCGGCUCUGUCCCGUCCCUUCGUACAGAACCCCGCCCAGCCCCUCCGUGUCACGUCUCUCCCAGUUCUGGUCACAGUUCCCCCACACCACAGACCCUGCCUGACAGCACAGAGCCGUUCUCCCUCGUGGCUGAGUGACCAGACAGCUCUGCCCAAGUCCAACUGCCCUGCUUUCCAGGGUACCAAGAUGAGGCCGCGGGUCCACCCAGGGAGGCAAGAAAUGCUGGUGUUAUCAUGAGUUUUGCCAAACUGUGUACAUUCCUGUCACCCUUCCAUGAGCCUGGGUGACACAAGGGACCAUGGAACAAACUUUUUAAAAAUGUUGUGAAGGAGUCAAACUCACAAAUGCAGAAAUAGCAGCACCACGCUCUCGUUGUCCCCCGAGACCGUCCUGUGUCGUCUCAGUUCCCGGAGAAGGAACAGCCUCACUGACCACCAUGUUGAAGGAAGUCCUCGUAUGAGCUGCAGACCAGCGUUACAAGUGGAGGAGGAGGAAGCUGAUAUUUUUAAGGGAAGAAAAUCCUUCUGAUGACAGUGCAUCAUUUUCAAAGUCAACUUGACAUGGAAUGUCUUAGCCAGGCAGCUGCUGGACUCCCUCCCCCGGGACAUGGUGCUUAUAAGUUGGGUUAGUCAUAACCACUUCACUCCGUUCUCUUAGGUCUCAAGAAAAUACAGUGUUCCAGCAUCUAAACAAGGAGUUACCAGAGGCUGAGGGUGAGUGGCCGUGCCUAGGCAAACGGUCUGGUUUUGGAGUGAGAAGCCGGGGACCCCUCACCGGCCCAGGUGACGGAGCGAGGCAGCAAUGGGGUUCUCAUCUUCUGCACAUUGAAGAAGCUGAAUGCUUAGAAUUUUGAUUGUUUACACUUCACUGUAAAUCAUAACUUCACUAGGAUUUUUUUCAAAAUUAGCAGAAUAAUACCUGCUUAUCUUCUUCCUAUGUGUUUUAAAAGCCUGCCUAUUAGUGUCCCGCCCUCUGUUUGUACGUCUCUCCACAAAAUUGAUUAUCCCACCCCAUCACUCAGAGUUUCUUAGGAGUAAACAGUAAAUGUGUAUGAAUUUAAAAACUUAUCUCAAAAAUCUCAUUUUUUGUUUAGGUACUAUCUUCUUUUUAAACUCAGGAAUAAACCUGGUUUGUGGGUGGCAUCAUGUGGCUGUUAAAACUGUAAUAUGUAGAUUACUAGGGAGUCCUUCUAAAUAUAUUUCUUCUAGAGACUUUUAGCUUUGUGUCAACUAGGAAGAGAAACCCUUUGAAGUAAGAAAAGCAAAACAAAAAACUUCCAUGAGCGCUUUCUGGGAGAGUGCAGCAUCAGCCCACUCUCCGUCCCAGAGUGUUUGUCUGUUGUAUUUCAACAAUUUUUAUGGGUGAAAAAUAAUGCACAUUUUUAGUUCUUGGAAAAAUGAAUUAAAUUCUCACAUGGGACAAUUCAGUCAGAAGAAAACCAUUGGUUUUGGAGACAAAAGCGCAGGGCUGUGGUCCCUGCUCUGGCGCUGACUUUACUGUGUGACCUCAAGCAAAUGAUCUGACUUCUCUGUGCCUCAGUUUCUCCAUGUACAAAUGUGGGGAUGACACCAACACUGCCUACCUCAUCGGGCUGUUUGGGGGACAAUGAGAUAAUGUAGAUAAGCACGAAUGCUUUCACCUCUUUAGAAGAAAGGUGCUAUAAAAAUUGAAGUAUCAUUUUAAUGAUCCAGUUAUCAAUUAUGCUUAGGGUUUAGAUGACAGCAAUACUGUUAGUUAUGUUAAGAAUACCUUUCAAUUUAAUGCACAUUUCUGUUCUCUUCUGUGGCCACAUCUCACCUAGUAAUGGUACCCAAGGACCUGAAAUGAGCAUUUGUUUCUGUGUUUCUGCUGGGAGUAUUUCAAUUAGGAAUACUCAGAAAAGCCUGGAGUUCAACUUGUAAUAUCUUAUAGUUUACAUGUAAUGAACCUACUCAAGCUGUAUAUAAAAAGUGUAAUUACAGGUAAAGUAUAAUUACAAGUAAAUAGCAGGUACGUUGUAAUUAAAGGCACUUAUCAAAUUGUCUUUGUUCUUUUUUAAUUGUAAUAAAGGUCAGUUUUAUAUAAAA